AUGUUUAGUGAUAUGGUUUGUUCGAAAAUAUUCUGUUCAGAGAUUAUUAUUGAAUAUUUACUUGAAAAUUAUAUUGUCUGGCCAUGGGAUAUAACAGUUGAAUCAAACAGAAAUAGGUUGAUACAAGUCUGGGAAGAAAUGUUUUCUACUCAAGUAUUGAAUGUUUUUCCGGUUCAACAAUAUCCAAUGUUUAUUGGUAUUAUGCGACGAUCUUCAAGAAACAAACACUGGUCAAAAACAUCUGAAUAUGAAUUCACAUCAUUAAUCAAAGAUGAUGUAUUAAUAGGUGCUGAUGACAAACCAGCUCGUGAAAUAUUAUUACAUGAAUUGAUUGAUUUCAAAGAAAAGUAUGAUGAGAAUGAACAAGCUUUAUCAUUUGACUUCCAAACUCAGACUGGUCUUUGUUGGGAUAUUAUUCUUGAAAUCGGCAAAUAUCUUACACUCAAUGACGCACUCAAUGUAUUUUCCGAUAAUAUUCUUCCUGUAUUAUCUCAAUUUACAUUGGAAGUCAAAAUCGAAUGGGAAAUCUUUUCAGAAUAUCGUCCACAUCAUUACGUUGAAGGUUAA